GCCUCCUCUCCUCAUUGUCGCCGCAACCCCUCCCCUCCCUCCCCGCCCAGCGGAACUCGGGCAACAACAACAUACUCAAUCAAAGGCAGCGUGUAGCCCUGCCCCGCACAAGUUUUGAUUUUUGUCGCUUCCUCAACCCUCUCUUCCUCCUCGUGGCAUCGCAAGAUAACAAAAUCCACAACAAGUCAAAACAUCAGGGAAUGCUGAAAGAUGUGCUUUCAUAGAAGAGAUUUUUGCUGCGACAUCAAGGAGCUCGCUGCUCCACAAAGGCUGCUAGCCUGCUCAACUCUUGAUGUGAGCGACCAUCUUAGCUGCAUCAAUUCUACACCAUUCAGACUCCGACACGACCAAGCUAUAAGAGUACUGUUCACUGUCAUGGACCAUGACAUGGGGGAGGAGGGCUAAAUCAUUGCAGUCCACCUGUUUGGCGGUCAGAAGAUAGCCCUGUGAUUUAUACUUUUGAAGAUAUGGAGGGUAGAGGAAAGAUUUUGAUGGAGCGGUAUGAGUUGGGGAGAUUGCUGGGGAAAGGUACAUUUGGCAGGGUGCAUUAUGCAAGAAACCUUGAGUCCAACAGAAGUGUUGCUAUUAAGAUGAUGGACAAGGACAAAGUGCUCAAGGUCGGGCUUUCAGAGCAGAUACGGCGUGAGAUCACAACAAUGAGGUUGGUGGCACAUAAGAACAUUGUUGAGCUUCAUGAGGUCAUGGCAACAAGGAACAAGAUCUACUUUGUCAUGGAGUAUGUGAAAGGUGGCGAGCUCUUUGACAAGAUUGAGAAGAAUGGCAGGCUCACGGAGUCUGCUGCGCACAACUACUUCCAGCAGCUUAUUAGUGCAGUGGAUUACUGCCACAGCCGAGGCGUGUACCACCGGGACCUGAAGCCUGAGAAUCUGCUGCUAGAUGAGGAUGAGAACCUGAAGGUCUCUGAUUUUGGACUGAGUGCACUUUCGGAGUCAAAAAGGCAAGAUGGAUUGCUCCAUACCACCUGUGGAACACCAGCUUAUGUAGCUCCAGAGGUGAUCAGCAAGACAGGCUAUGAUGGUGCAAAAUCAGACAUCUGGUCUUGUGGUGUUGUUUUAUUUGUCCUUGUUGCUGGUUAUCUCCCUUUCCAAGGCCCAAACUUGAUGGAGAUGUAUCGGAAGAUACAGCAUGGUGAUUUCAGGUGCCCCAGUUGGUUUUCACACAAACUCAAGAAGCUGUUGUACAAGAUCUUGGACCCCAACCCAAGCACAAGAAUUUCAAUUCAGAAAAUAAAAGAGUCUACCUGGUUCCGAAAAGGCCCUGAGGGGACCCGCACAGUUAAGGAGAAAAUUCCCAGUGAGAAUGCCACCACAAAUGCUGCUCCAACACUUUCUGUGAGGCGUGGAAAGAAUGCUUAUGAAGAUGUGAAGCCGCUGCAUGUGACAAACUUAAAUGCCUUUGAAAUUAUCUCUUUCUCCUCAGGGUUUGAUCUAUCUGGCUUAUUUAUUGAAAUGGAACACAGAAAGGAGGCACGAUUUACUUCAGAUAAGCCAGCCUCAGACAUCAUCUCGAAGAUUGAAGAUGUUGCAAAGAUGCUGAAUCUCAGGGUAAGGAAGAAGGAUAAUGGUGUUGUCAAGAUUCAAGGGAGGAAGGAGGGAAGGAAUGGUGUCCUUCAGUUUGACACAGAGAUCUUUGAGAUCACACCGUUCCAUCAUCUCGUUGAGAUGAAACAAACAAGCGGUGAUUCACUUGAGUAUCAGAAAUUAUUCGAACAGGACAUCCGGCCAGCACUGAAGGACAUAGUCUGGGCCUGGCAUGGAGAUGAUCAGCAGCAAAUGCAGGAGUAGCUUUGGAUGCCUCAGUUUUUUGUUCCGAAAAUUCGUUUUCUUCAGCUCAGAGAUUCUGUUCUACAUGUGUGUUCUUUUUUAGAAGCUACAUUCCUUUUUUUAUCAGAAGAGAACCUAAUGAGUGGUGAUGACCUGAACCAUUAGGUUGUAUUCCAUCAAACAAUAAUUGUGGAAAAGCUGAGCUCUUGAGUUUCAUUCUGAAAAUUGUUUCUGUUCUGUAAUGGUGGUCCCUAUUGAUAGUGAAAUACAAUGCCUUUGAUCCUUGAAAAAA